UAGAAAAUGUCCUUAAAUAUACCAACAUGCGACUUUUAUUACCAAAAGAAGAAGCUGCAUAUUUCAAGCUCCUUUGAAAUCUAAAUCAAAGACAAAGGAAACUAUGUUUUAUCUUUGCAUUAGAGAUUGACCUCUGUUUACUGGUGACGCCACACAUGAACGCAGCAUCUCACGGCAAAGCUCAUCUCGGGCGAGCUGGGGUUUAGAGGGAUAAGCCCGAUCAAAGCCCUCCAGAUGGAUCUUUGACGUUGUCUACCUGGUAGGCUGCACCGCCUCCCAGGUACGGAGGGCAGCUGAGGGUGGCCUGAUGGGAACAAGGGCAAUCAAAGUCAGGGACGGAGGGGAGGAGGGGAAGAGGGAGGGGAGGUGACGCUGGCCUCGGUGGAGAACCUUUUUUCCGGUGCCCACGUGACUGGAAAGAGGAGGCUGUGUGGGGAUUAGAGACAAAGAUAUAAAAGAGCAACACGGAAAAACACGCUUCACAAAUUCAAGAAGAAAAAAAAGAAGAAAUCUCUCGGAGCAGAGAUCGGCGGUGGCCUCUCAGGAUAUCUGUGACGACAGGUGAGAACGACUUUGUUGACUUGACUCACGAAUGACAUCAGAACAGCUUUUAUCAUGUUGCCACAUUGUCAGGAACAGAGACAGCAGCUAAACCAGAACACUAUAACUCAGAUGAGGAGGGAUUUACUGCUCAAACUGUAAAGGAAGAGGAAUGACUUAGAACUACGACGUGGUCUGUUGUGUGGGUCCAUGUGGGUCCAUGUGGGUCCAUGUGGGUCGGCUGGAAGAACCGAUGCAGAAUACUGCUUAAGCUUAAGAUCAGGACGGAGAGGAGGGACAGGACGGGACCGGGUCAUGUGUUGUGACGCAGCCUCACGGGGUCAGAGUUCACCAAUGAUGUCGCCGGAAUAGAUCGUAAUUCAGUAAUCAGUGUCCCGAUAUCUUCAAGUAUCAAACGUCCGCAGUCAAAAAUCAGAUUUGAUGUCAAAGCUGAAGAGCCACUGGGGAAGUCUGAGGCCCCAUUGCACAUGGGGAUUGUUAAAGAAGGGCAAUUAGUUUGCUGUGGAUCAGAGUGGGAUUAGGGCUAAUCUGGUUGUUCAAACUAAUCUGCAUGAUCUCUUCUGAUUGGCAUUGAGGGCAGAAAGGAAACAGGAUUAACAGAGGGCAGCGAGGGGGGGGGGAGAGGGAGGGAAAGAGAGGGAGAGAGAAGGGAGAGAGAAGGGCAGAGGAAGCCACAGAAGUCUGAACCGUGAUCUCUGUGUGAUGUCCUGUCUUUUAGAGACCCUCAGCAGCAAUGAACGCCAACCCCCCUGCAGGAAGCGCCCUGGCCCCCGGUGGAACGGCCGGCCCCACCACACCCAAGAAGGGACCACCCAAGUUCAAGCAGAGGCAGACCCGUACAUUCAAGAGCAAGGCCCCAAAGCCCGGCCAGAAAGGCUUCGGCGACGACAUCCCCGGCAUGGAGGGCCUCGGCACGGACAUCACGGUGGUGUGCCCAUGGGAAGCCUUCGGAGACAUGGAGCUCAGCGACUUGGCCAAAUACGGCAUCAUCUAAACCGGCCGCCUCCCGCCUUCCUCGCCUUCCUCGCCUGCGCGCACCUCUCCUCUGUCCGGACCUCUCCAUCCCGGCUCGGCACGCCAUGAUAAGACUGCCAGCAAGCCCCCUAAAGCCCUCUCGUCUACCUACCUCAGGCCGCACUCCACUAAGUGGAAGGAGAGCAUAAUCAUGCUGUUAUUUUUAUAUGAUUAUAUGAUAUUGUUUAUAGUAUAAAUAUAAAUAUAUAUAUAUAUAUAUAUACAUAUCUUAAAUGAGAAGACGAGAAAAAGAAA